CUCAUAUGCUAUUACGUGCGAACAACUGAACGGAAUCACAAAUACCGAUCUCAGUUCUGUUAUCCGUGUACCACACCAUGUUGCAGCGAGCGAGUGAGCUUUAGCUUCGUAAAGUGCGUGCUUUUGACAAUAAAUUGUUGGAUAUGAGCAUGCUUGACAAUAAUAGGUUGAUACGGAAAACUACUGCGGCUUUCAGUUCAGCUAAGAAGAACACGUCAUGCAGCCGCGGCUGGCUGCGCGUGGCGGUGCAGGGCACCUUCUGCGUCAUCACCGUCGCCAGCUUCAUCCUCGUGCUCAUCAUGGCCAUACAGAGGAGCUCCAUCGAAUAUGACGACUACAACAAGACCAAGACCUGCUACACGACCUCGUGCACCAUCAUCUGUCACGAGGACAACUUCGACUACGAAUACGAAGAGGAAGUUUAUUUCGCUGUUUUGAAUGGAUAUGAAUGCGACGCAAUGACUAUAACUUUCUAUAAAGCGAUGUUCCCCGGGGGGCACCUUCCACUUAACUGGUUAACGAAAAUAAGAGCUGACGUCACCACUUUGAAAAUUACUAGCGGAAACCUGUCAUACAUACACCCGCAUUCGUUCAUUAGUACCUUCACUAAAAAGGUGAAAAAACUUGUACUGGAGGGAUUGACAUUAGAAAAAUGGAACUCCAAUAUGCUGAUCGGUCUUAUGAAGUUGGAGUCUCUGGUUCUCAAGUACUGUCAUAUAAAUGGAGGAAUUAAACGCAACGCUUUGAGAGGGGCAGAAGACCACUUGGUCAAUAUAUCUAUAACGUACAGCGGCCGCUGGGACCCCGCGAACAUCACGGGUUCCGCGACACUGCCGUCCAUCUACUCUGUGGACUUCUCUCACAAUAGCUUCGGCGAUUUACUCAACAGGAACAGUUUCAGAGAUCUUCGCCACUGCAGGGUGUUGAACCUGUGCUCCUCACAAAUCACCUCCAUUGGGCUAGGAGCAUUCGACUACCUGGAACACAUACAACAAAUUAACCUUAGUGACAACUUCUUGGUGUCAGUCCCAGGGACCAUAUUCGAUCGUAUCCUGGCCAUUGUGCGACCUUCGCCGACUAUUGAGCUCCAAAACAACCUGUGGGUGUGCUAUUGUGGUUUAGAAUACUUGGAUCUGAUGACGAGUGAUUCCUUGCUGAUGGGACUAACUUGUUUUCAUCCAGAAGUGUAUAGAGGCAUGUCAUUCUCGAGGUUCAAAGCGGAAUGUGAAGCGAUGAACAUAACUUCUGUCGUAACUGCAAAGCCUCCUAUUGAUUUAGAUAAAAGUCGCACUCAUAAUGAUAUGUCCAUUGUCAUGGAUAAUAAGUGCAAAAAUACGUCAAAUACUAAUGUACCCAGCAGAAUUAUCUAUGGAAAUCAAUACAGUUGUCUAAAUUACCGAAUACAUCAUAUGGGAUAUGGUAUCUUAUCAUCAUUAACGGACACAGCCAAAAACUAUUCCAAAAAUUCUCAAUUCCAACUAACAUUUUAUAUAGAACACCAUGGAUUUUCAAUGGUUGAGUUAAUAUCUAAAGGCAACUUCGAUUUAGGAAUAAUAUGGUUUAAAUCAAACUGCCCAGAAGAAAUUUAUUGUAUUGGAAUAUUGCCGUCUACUUUGAAAAUUUUAAAUGUGGACAUGAAUUCGACAUACACCGUGUGCACUAUGGACGAUUCCGGACCAAUAUUGCAAUUCGACAGCUGUACUUUAAUCUCAGCAUCAAUAUUAGACGAAAUGCACGAAGAAUCGUCACCAAAAGCGUACAAGGCUUACAUAUUUGUUAUUGCUCUGUUUGGAGCCGGGGGUUUCGGGGCUAUACUGCUUUACGGAAUCAUUAUCAGGAAUCCUAUUCUCCUGCGAGGCAGCAAGCGGGUAGUGAUAGUUAAACACAAGCUGACCGAUGCCAUGGUGCUACCCCCGCAAGUUCCAUACCGGUCCUUCUCACAGAAAACCAAUACUAAUAACGAACCCAAAAAGGUGGACGUGCCAUUUAAGUCUUCGCUAUCAAGAUCGGCGUCUAUGAGGAGCUCAAGCAGCGGCUACGUGACGGCCGAGCAGCCCACACAGCAGCAGCUCACGGAGUGGCGUCUCCAAAACCACUUCAGCCCCUCGCCACUCAAGCAAAACAGCAUCUCGUGGAUAUUCGACACAGAGUCCAACUACUACUCCUCGUUUCCAGACUACCACAUCUACGAGAGCCCUAUAGAGAUUCUAACCAACAACGAAACUAAAUCCAAUGUAAUAUGCAUGGAACGUUAAACAGGAAGGCGACAUUUUGUAGCAUUUGAACAGAAACGCCGAUGCAGAAAUAGCCGAAUGCAAGUCGUAUUUCAUAUGAUGGAUAGUUUGUCAGCGGCCGGGGCAACACUCGCGGCUAACAAUAGCGGGCUAAUGUUGCUGCAUUCCCCUGUCUAGUUCUAGCUACUUUAUUUAAUAGUUCACAUCUAUUUUGGUUUCAAACAAUCAAAGGGGAAACAUGAAAAUGAUUAGUUAGUGUGCCUGGCAAAAUCGUAGAUGAUAUAAAAU